CAUCCUAGUCCACAGUGAGUCAGCUGAACAAGGGGCGGGCACCACCCUUCCCAGAGCAGGAACCCAACUGGGACACAGGCGACCAGCACAUGCCAGGAGGCUGCAGUGGCUGGAGAAGAGUACAGCGUGUGGAGCCAGCAGUGUGCUUCCGCAGGCAGUUAUGUCUGUCCUGUAUCCAUCUCUGGAGGAUCUGAAGGUGGGCCAAGUCAUCCAGGCCCAGGGCAGAGCCUCACCCACGAUGCCAACUCUGCCAGCCCCGAUGGCUUCUGCACCCCCACUUUCAGAGUUGUAUCCAAACCUGGCAGAACUGGAAAGUUAUAUGGGACUGUCCCUCUCUAGCCAAGAAGUUCAGAAGAACCUCACUCAGAUUCCAGAUGGUGACAAUAUGGUGGUCACUAGCCCUGGACCUGGCCAGGUGGUAGCUCCAGUAUCUGGGAACAACCUGGGUAUACUGCGCGCAGAGAUCAAGCCUGGCGUGCGAGAGAUCCACCUGUGCAAGGAUGAACGUGGCAAGACUGGACUUCGUCUGCAGGCUGUUGACAAGGGGCUCUUUGUGCAGCUGGUCCAGGCCAACACCCCUGCAUCCCUUGUGGGUUUGCGCUUUGGGGACCAGAUCCUGCAGAUUGAUGGCUGUGACUGUGCUGGGUGGAACACACACAAAGCUCACAAGGUGUUGAAGAAGGCAUCAGCGGAGAAGAUUGUCAUGGUUGUUCGGGACAGGCCAUUCCAGAGGACUGUCACCAUGCACAAAGACAGCUCAGGGCAAGUUGGCUUUUCCAUCAAAAAGGGGAAGAUCGUGUCUGUGGUAAAGGGAAGCUCCGCAGCCCGCAAUGGACUUCUAACCAACCACUAUGUGUGUGAGGUGAAUGGACAGAACGUCAUUGGGCUAAAGGACAAAAAAGUUACUGAGAUUCUGACCACAGCUGGAAAUGUCAUCACACUGACCAUUAUUCCCACUGUGAUCUACGAGCAUAUGAUCAAAAAGUUGUCCCCGUUGCUGCUUCACCACACCAUGGACCACUCCAUUCCAGACACCUGAAGUUCCAGGAGGGCAGCGCAGGCUUCCCACCAUCCUGCAGGGAAGACAGCAGUCCUCAGAUGACAGGUUGCAGCUGGCUUGCUGCCUGGGUAUUGCAGGGAUGUGUCCCAGGUGAUGUAUAUUGAGUCUGUCAUUGCCGAUUUUAGGCCUCCUUGGAUCCUGACUCCUAGCUAUGCUGAGGCACAGGUGGGACUUGGGACCUGGUUCUCUGUGCCCUAGAUGCUGGGCUCUUAGGCAGAACAGCAGAAUGUCACUCACUGAGUGCUGCUGCGUCCUUUUGCAGACCUUGCCUCAUCUAGGAAGUCAGCCGCUUGACUGGACAGAGGAAUGCCUUGUGUGUUCUUUGUCUUCGUCGAUCUUUGUCACGGGUCAUGUACAGAUAAAUGGUAACCCUCCACUGUCUUCUGAAUAAAGAGUGGAUUUAAAAC